AUGACUAACCUUUUCACGCUUUCCAAGUUCCAUCCCGCACGGGGGGUGCGUUAUCGGGUGCGCCAACCCAGGGCCGCCGCGGUGGGUUUCGCGCUCUGCCCGUUCCGCCGAUCCGCGUCGUCGCUCACGCGCCGCAGCCUCGCGCGGCCCUCUGGGGAUCCCAACGCCCCUUCCGGCGGGGUUUCCUCGCGGGCCGGCUCGUUUCCGUUUCCGCUUUCCCUUUCGUCGUCCUUCGCGUCGCCUUCGGUGAAGGGAAAGGGAAAGGAAUCGCGUUGUGGGUUGUGCGAUCGGCCUUAUCAAAGCUGGCGGGAGCACGCGUCGACGCCGCUGCAUAUCGCGCGGGCGGCCGUCUGCGGGGCCUUCGCGAGCCCGGAGCGCGGCACCGCGAUUCUCUCGCAGCUGUCGAGGCACCUUCGGAUGGAUUUCGCGGGCGUCGACGCCGCGGCGUGGGAAAGGGAGCGUCGACGCCGCGCGCGGCUCGGAUCGACGCUACGCCACCUCGCGGAGCGCGGGAUCCUACGCGAGGGGCUCCCGUUUCACGCGGCCACCCCGAAUUCGACGGAGCCCCCCACCGAAACCGCCCAGCGGAUCGCAUCCGCGACGGCGAUCGAAGACGACCCCGAAACGCGGGCGAUGGCGCCCGUCGUCAGCGAUGGGUUUCUGCGCUACGUCCUCGUCGGGGAGGGGUAUGCGCGGGAGGAGGUGGUGAAUCGCGUCGCGCGGCUGAUCCCCGGCGCGAGCGCGGUGGAGUUGGAGGCGAUCGCGAUCUACACCUUAUCCCCUCGCCCACUCGCCCGGUUGUACGAUGAGGUUCGGAUGGAUCACAUCCUCGCGGCGCGGUCGCCAGGGGGGUCCGAACUCGCGCAUCGCCCAGAGGCGGCCCCUCCUUUGGCAGGGGAACCAACCUCGCCGGGGAAGGCCUCACGGCGUGUUUUUCUCGACGGCCGCGCGCUCGUUCUGCUCGGUUGCAUCGGGGAGCUCGUUCAGUUUCAGCGCCGCGAUCGGCCUCGGAGUGUGGCGAACAAGGCGGCCGCGGAGACGAUCGUCCUCCACGUGUUAGCCUCGCACGCGAUGGAAAAUCUGAUCUCGGAGCUCGUCCAUGGCGUUCUGCAGCGCAUCCUGCACGAAGGAACGCCCAUUUGGCGGCAAUUCCAGGCCGAGGCCGCGACGUACGACUUGGAGAGUCGAUAUUUCACGUCGAAAUCGUUAUCGGACGCCCCAAAGGCUAAAACGGACCCACCCUCGGCCGAUCCCCUUCCGCCGCCUUCCGAAUCUUUCUCUACCCGUACUGAGCAGCUGAUGGGUUUUUUUGUCGUUCAGGACGCUUGCGCGGAGGCGACCCCCCGUGGUACGCGAGAAGGGGAUGUAGCGCCGCAAGGUAACGCGCAAAUAUCGCCAACUUCUGCUUUGCCAAAGUAUCAGCCAUCGUGGCGGUCUUUGACGUGGAAUCUUUCGCCCAACGGCACCGCACUGGGUUCACCGCCGAAGAAUUUGAAGGCCUCUUCCUCGACCUCGAAGAUUUCUACUAAUCUUAAAAAAGAAACGCGCUAA